UUGGGUUGCCAUGACGAGCGAGGAGGAGGAGGCCGUUGACGUUGCAGCAAAAAAACCAUCAGCGGCAACAAUCACCAGGGCAACAACAGCCACAGCCGGGGAAGAUGGCAAUGAUGUGGUCCUGUCAUCCUCCCCGCGUUGGACUUCCCUUCGCCGUGUGCCAUGUUCCGAGGAAAAAGAGAAGGAGGAAAUAGAGGUGGAUACAAUCAUUCAGGAAGAGAGGUUUGAGGAGAAGGAGCAGGUGGUGGAGUGUGCUGGAGAUGAUGAGGAGGAGGAGGAUGAUGAUGAUGAUGACGACAGCAGUGACACUAGUGUGUUAGUCGUACCUUACCCGGAACUUGUACCUGUGGUCUUCUUCUGCCUCAAGCAGACCACCUUCCCUCGCAGCUGGUGCAUCCGCAUGGUCUCCAGCCCAUGGUUCGAGCGUGUGAGCAUGAUGGUGAUCCUGUUGAACUGCGUGACCCUGGGCAUGUACCAGCCAUGUCAGAACAUCGACUGCUCCUCUGACCGAUGCCAAAUUCUGCAGGCCUUUGAUGCCUUCAUUUACAUGUUCUUUGCUCUGGAGAUGGUCAUCAAGAUGGUUGCUCUGGGAAUCUUUGGUCGACGCUGUUACCUUGGGGACACAUGGAAUCGUCUGGAUUUCUUUAUCGUCAUGGCAGGAAUGGUGGAAUACUCUCUGGACUUACAGAACAUCAACUUCACUGCUAUCAGAACUGUGAGGGUCCUGAGACCUCUCAAAGCAAUUAACAGGGUGCCAAGUAUGCGUAUCCUUGUGAACCUGCUGCUAGACACUCUGCCCAUGCUGGGCAACGUCCUCCUCCUCUGCUUCUUUGUCUUCUUCAUAUUUGGCAUUAUCGGGGUGCAGCUGUGGGCGGGGCUUCUGAGGAAUCGCUGCUACCCAGAGGAGAACUUUACACUGAUGACAGGCAUCAGUCUCCCUCGGCCCUACUACAUGGCUGAUGAGGAUGAUGAGCGACCCUUCAUCUGCUCCCUACCUGUGGACAAUGGCAUCAUGUCCUGCACAGAUGUCCCGGCCCGCCGUGAGGGAGGCAGGACAUGUUGCCUGGACAAAGACGAUGCCUUGUACCGGUCAGUCGCUGGUCUAAGUGCCGAGCCCUUCACCAAUGGCAGCAUCAGUGUAGCAGGGCUCUGCGUUAACUGGAACCAGUACUACACCAGAUGUCAUACUGGGUACAGAAACCCCCACAAAGGAGCCAUCAACUUUGACAACAUUGCCUACGCCUGGAUUGUCAUUUUCCAGGUGAUCACUCUGGAGGGUUGGGUGGAGAUCAUGUACUAUGUCAUGGAUGCUCACUCCUUCUACAACUUCAUCUACUUCAUCCUACUAAUUAUUGUUGGUUCCUUCUUCAUGAUCAACUUGUGCCUCGUGGUCAUUGCCACCCAAUUCUCAGAGACUAAGCAGAGGGAGCACCAGCUGAUGCAGGAGCAGCGGGCGCAGUGCUCAUCCUCCUCCACCCUGGCCAGUCAACCUGGGGACUGUUAUGAGGAGCUCUUUCAGCUGGUGUGCCACAUCCUCCGCAAGGCCAGGAGGCAGACUGUCUCCUUUUUUAACAACCUGCGAGGAAAACCUCGUGGUUUCCACGGCGUUGGAAGAGGCAGACGAGGAGGAGAUGGGAGGGAAGGAAAGGCCAAUGGGAGGGGUGGAUGUGAAAUGAGGGCAGCGGUGAGACGUGGCGCAUCCUGCCCUCACCACAACCAACCUAUCUCUGCUUCACAUGCUGGACCCUUGGCGGUGACCCCCACCUCUGCCACUGAUGGCUGUCAGCAGUGUGCCACAGCCAUGUUGGCCUCUGAUGGUGUUAGACCAGUUUGCAGUGCAGUCACCAAGGAAGCAGAGAAGGGCAGUGUGGAUGAAAUGGACAAGGAGGACUUGCGGUCUAGUGGUAAGGAGAAGAGUACCAAGGGUGAGGAGGGUGCAGACACCUCCAGGGGGUGUAAUCCUAAACAACAAUGCAAGGAGCUAUGGCACGCCAUAAGGAAGAAACUGUGGGGCAUUGUGGAGAGCAAGUACUUCAACAGAGGAAUAAUGAUUGCCAUCUUGAUCAACACCAUCAGCAUGGGCAUCGAGCACCAUGAGCAGCCAGAGGAGCUCACAAACAUUCUGGAGAUCUGUAACAUUGUCUUCACCAGCAUGUUCUCCUUGGAGAUGAUCCUCAAAGUGACUGCAUUUGGCUCUUUCAGCUACCUGAGAAACCCUUACAACGUAUUUGAUGGAAUCAUCGUCAUAAUAAGUGUGUGUGAGAUCGCUGGCCAAUCAGAUGGCGGUUUGUCGGUUCUGAGGACCUUCAGGCUUCUCAGGGUGCUGAAGCUGGUCAGGUUCAUGCCGGCUCUGCGGCGACAGCUGGUAGUCCUCAUGAAGACCAUGGACAAUGUGGCCACCUUCUGUAUGCUCCUUAUGCUCUUUAUCUUUAUCUUCAGUAUCCUGGGCAUGCACAUCUUUGGCUGUAAAUUCAGUUUGAAGACAGAGACCGGGGACACAGUACCAGACAGGAAGAACUUUGACUCUCUGCUCUGGGCCAUCGUUACAGUUUUUCAGAUUCUGACCCAGGAGGACUGGAAUGUUGUUUUAUACAAUGGCAUGGCAGCCACUUCUCCACUUGCAGCACUUUACUUUGUAGCCCUCAUGACGUUUGGCAACUACGUCCUUUUUAACCUGCUGGUGGCAAUCUUGGUCGAAGGCUUUCAGGCAGAGGGUGAUGCCAAUCGUUCUUACUCAGACGAUGACCGAUCUUCCUCCAACUUUGAUGAGAGCGAGAGGCAUGACUCCACAAAGUUGUCUGAUCCAAAGAUCUGCACCCUGACACCUAAUGGCCACCUGGAGAUUGGUGCCGUCUCGGGCCUCAGGAGGGCCUACUCAUCUGAGAGGAGGAGCUUCACCGUUGGGUCCAGAAAGAGCAGCGUGAUGAGUGCAGGCUUCGAAAGACGCUCCUUAUCACUGCGCCAUGGCCGCAGUUCCAACUACCACAACUGGGGGCGCCCUUUUCCUCCACAGUCUGUCUGGAGCCGCAGGUCCAGCUCAAACAGCCUGGGUUGGAAGAGUCGCAGGUUUGGUGGGGCUCCUCUGGUGGGCGGGAGUCUUCGGGUCAACAGCACUCACUCGCCCUAUGCCUAUGCCCCCGAACAGGAGUCACUCCUCUCGCACCCAAUCCACCCCCACCAUCCUGUACCCCCACACCAUCCACCACCCCCGUUAUUCCUCUCCAGACGAUGUGCUGUGAGGAGGGAUCGCCGCGCUCUUUCGCUCGAGCUCCCAGAGUUGCUCCGGGGCUGCGGAGAGGCCCCUGAACAGUCACCAGUGCCUCCUGACUCUGGGAGAGGAUCUGGGGCUGGUGGUCUUGCAGAUGUGGACCACAGUGACUGUAACGGCAAGGCCCCAGGUCCCUACACCCAUCUGCUCACUGAGGUUUUCCCUCAAGUGAACGCGCAGAAGGACCGCACAGAUCUUGAUGAAGAAAUAGAUUACAGUCUGUGCUUCCGUAUCCAGAAGAUGAUGGAGGUGUACAAACCAGACUGGUGUGAAACCAGAGAGGAUUGGUCUGUCUAUCUGUUCUCCCCUCAAAACAAGUUCCGGGUGCUCUGUCAGUCCAUUAUUGCACAUAAACUCUUUGACUACAUUGUUUUGGUCUUCAUUUUCCUCAACUGCAUCACUGUGGCCUUGGAGAGACCAAAGAUUCUUCAAGGCAGCCUGGAAAGACUGUUACUCACCCUGUCCAACUACAUCUUUACUGCCAUCUUUGUUGCAGAGAUGACGGUCAAGGUGGUGUCCAUGGGUCUGUACCUCGGUGAGACGGCUUAUCUGAGGAGCAGCUGGAAUAUUCUCGAUGGCUUCCUGGUUUUCGUGUCUCUCAUUGACAUUGUGGUGUCCAUGGCGGGCGGGGCCAAGAUCCUGGGUGUCCUUCGUGUUCUCAGGCUGCUAAGGACACUUCGUCCACUCAGGGUGAUCAGCAGGGCUCCAGGUCUGAAGUUGGUUGUUGAGACCCUCAUUACAUCCCUCAAACCCAUUGGCAACAUUGUCCUCAUCUGCUGCGCCUUCUUCAUCAUCUUUGGCAUUCUUGGCGUUCAGCUUUUCAAAGGAAAGUUUUACUACUGUGUGGGAAUGGAUGUAAAGAACAUCACCAACAAAUCUAACUGUUUGGCUGCCAACUAUCGAUGGGUUCAUCACAAAUACAACUUUGACAACCUUGGACAGGCUUUGAUGUCCUUGUUUGUACUGGCAUCCAAAGAUGGCUGGGUCAACAUCAUGUACCAUGGACUGGAUGCAGUGGGAAUAGACCAGCAGCCGGUCACCAACAACAACCCGUGGAUGCUGCUCUAUUUCAUCUCCUUCCUCCUGAUUGUCAGCUUCUUCGUGCUCAACAUGUUUGUGGGCGUGGUAGUGGAGAACUUCCACAAGUGUCGGCAACACCAGGAGGUGGAGGAGGCCAGACGGCGUGAGGAGAAACGGCAGCGUCGCAUGGAGAAGAAAAGGAGGAAAGCCCAGAAGCUGCCGUACUACGCAUCUUACGGUCAAGCCCGCCUGGCUGUCCACACACUGUGCACAAGCCACUACCUGGACCUGGUCAUCACCUUCAUCAUUUGCAUCAAUGUCAUUACCAUGUCUCUGGAGCACUAUAGUCAGCCGCAGUCACUGGAAACAGCACUGAAGUACUGCAACUACUUCUUUACCUCCACCUUUGUGAUCGAGGCCUCUCUGAAGCUGGUGGCUUUUGGUUUCCGUCGUUUCUUUAAGGACAGGUGGAACCAGUUGGACCUGGCCAUUGUGCUGCUCUCUGUGAUGGGCAUCACUCUGGAGGAGAUUGAGAUCAAUGCCUCUCUCCCCAUUAAUCCAACCAUCAUCAGGAUCAUGAGGGUGCUCAGGAUCGCUCGAGUGUUAAAGUUGUUGAAAAUGGCCACUGGGAUGAGAGCGCUGCUGGACACGGUGGUUCAGGCUCUGCCUCAAGUGGGAAACCUCGGCCUGCUCUUCAUGUUGCUCUUUUUCAUUUACGCCGCUUUGGGGGUGGAGCUGUUUGGAGAACUUGUGUGUAACGCUGACUACCCCUGUGAAGGAAUGAGCCGUCAUGCUACCUUUGAAAACUUUGGAAUGGCCUUUCUCACCCUUUUCCAGGUUUCCACUGGAGACAACUGGAAUGGCAUCAUGAAGGACACACUGAGGGAAUGUCCUCCAGGUCGUCCAGGCAGCGACUAUGGCUGCCAUGCUGGGCUCCAGUUCAUCUCCCCGCUGUAUUUCGUGUCUUUUGUGCUCACGGCUCAGUUUGUCCUCAUAAACGUGGUGGUGGCCGUCCUCAUGAAGCAUCUGGACGAUUCCAACAAGGAGGCUCAGGAAGACGCUGAGAUGGAUGCAGAGAUCGAGCUGGAGUUGGCCCAGGGAGGACUCUGCUGCAUGAUGGGGAAUAUUGGCGCAAUCGCUGGGGCCACAAGUGGUGUUGGAGGCGGAGCCUGUGUGGGAGGUGCAGUGUCAAGUGCAAUUGCAGCCGGAACAGUUGCGGGUCCAAGUGGUGGAGUAACGGCAUCGAUACGAGAUGGAGGAGCAGGAGGUGUUGUAUCGCAGGAGGGGCUUAUGCACCAUCGAUGUCGACUCUACUCUCCUGCUCAAGAGAGCCAGUGGCUGGACAGCGUGUCUCUGCUGAUUCAGGACUCUCUGGAAGGCGAGAUGAUCGACAACCUCUCCGGAUCAGUUUUCCACCACUACUGCUCUCCUCCUGUCUGCAAAGACUGUAAGAGCCACCCACAAGAGAUCCGAUUGGCUGAAGUGGAGCAGGCGUCUCUGAUGUCAGAGCAGCUGUCAGACAAGUCUUCGUCUCCGGCUCUGCCUGAUGACCUCAGCCUGGAUGAACACAGCAGCUACAAGCUGCUGGUCAGAGACAGUCAGAGGAACAGUAGUGACUCCUGCAGCUCAGAUGAGUUGCCCUCACGCACGGUCUGCACAGGGUUUCACCCCUCCAGCUCAGGAAGCGAGGAAGCCCUCCAGGAUGUUUUUGAGAUGGGGGUCCAUCCUCAGUCGAGUCCUUGUUCGAUGGAACAGCGAAGCCCGGCACAUGGCACAGGUGGUGAUGGAGAAAGUUUUGAUGGAGGUGGUGAUGAGUCCUCAUCACCCGACAUCCACUUGCCGGUAGACUUUUUCCACCCUGCUGCCGCUGCUCGUCCAGCCAGCCCUGGAAAUGGUGUGAGACCAAGUGAGAGAGGUCCAUCAAGACUGGCCUCUCCAGCCUCCUGGGCCUCUCUCCGGUCACCCAGAGCCAACAUCAGGCCCGUCAGCUCUCAGCACCCCUCCCGCAGUGACUCCUCAGUGGCUACAGGCAGUUCAGAGGACAGUCUGCAGACAACAAUGGAGGAACACCUCAGCUUCAGUGUUUCCCCAUCUCAAGAACUUGAUCUCCUUAUGCCUGUCCUCUGCCCCAUCCCCAGUCACAACUUAAGCCCCCAGGGACCAGCUACAGGACACCAGGGGCUUUCAUUAUUAAAGACACACAGUGCUGCAUCCAUACUCCAAGCCACCAGGGGACACCAGAGGAGCCAGAGCAACUAUGGUGGAGGCAGUCGUAGCCCCAGCUGCCUUCAACGAAACUCCUCGAACCCCUCAGAUGAGGAUCUGACCACAGGGACGGACAAAGAGGGUUUCCGCCCAACUUUAUACAGCGAACAUGUGCCAGAAACGGUGAAUAGUUUGUCACUGACAUCACUGCUCUCUGCAGGCUCUCUGGCACCUUCUCUGGCAAAGAAAUAUAACAGCACAGGAUCACUGAACCCAACCAAACAAAGUAAAGAUGGGCGAGAGUUCUUCAACAGAAAUGCCCAUGGUCACUUGUCCAACCCAUGGACGGAGGAAAAACCAAAAGGUGUAGAGGAAGACAGUGGUAUCAUGGGUCUUAACCGGCCUGCAGACAUACGUUCCAGGAAAAACAGAUGAAACACUUGUUGCCUCUAUGUAGUAAAACAAUUUAACCAUUUGCAUUUUGGGACCUUUGUCUGAACCGACUUUCCGUACAUGUCCUGUAAACCUGGUCUCUCCUGACGUUGAGUCGUUGCUCUAGAAUUCCUCUCCAGAUUUGGCUGCUUUGGAUCAGUCAUUUCUCAAAAGAAUCAGUCCACUUCUGAGUUUUGAAAUUGUUUCUCACCCUCUCUUUUUGGGUAUAUUGUGAC